AUGUUUGAAGUGAUCACAUCAGAGGCCUCCUACUAUCGCAGUCUGCAGGUUCUCAUUAACCACUUCUACAGCGCACCCGAGUUUGACUGCAGUCGAGCGCAGAACCUGAACCCGGAGUCCUCACCGGGCGAAUUAGAAGCGGAAUCCGCCACGGAGCCUAAUCCAAUUGGAUGCUCUGCGACUGCUGCUUCUGGCAUUGAGUCCUCGUUGACACCUUCGGCAUCGUCAGGCCUGAUAAAGUCACCCUCUGUCACGUCUAAGGACAACAGCAGCCUGCGUGGUGUCCGAACCGGACAGACAUCCUUUGACACCACCGGUACCGGUAGUAAUGGCCAUUCGAGUGGUAAUUGUUCCACCGGCGUUGUGGGUACAACUGCAGCAAGCACUACACAGAGACCUGUUCUCAGUCCGACAGAAAAACAUCAUCUCUUCUCUAACGUCCUCCUAGUUUGCAUGGCUAGUGAGGGGUGA